AUGGCUAGGCAGCCUAGAGUGCAGUGGGCGCUUCGUCGGUGGACUCACAGCUCUGUGCCAUACUACAGCCCGGCUCCUACCGAGCCGACUAUGGCCACGGAGGCGACGGGCGCUGCUGGCAUUGAGCGCUGGCGUAAAUUCCUGCCGCAUAUGCCCAAGGCAGAUGUCAAAAAGGUGCUUCUUAUCGGCUCUGGUGGUCUGAGCAUUGGCCAGGCUGGUGAGUUUGACUACAGUGGCUCGCAGGCGAUCAAGGCGCUGCGGGAGAGUGGCAUUGAGACCAUCCUGAUCAACCCUAACAUUGCUACGAUCCAGACAAGUCAGGAACUCGCUUCGCGGAUCUAUUUCCUACCGAUUUCGCCGGACUACGUUGCCUACGUCCUGGAGCGUGAGCGCCCCGAUGGUGUGUUCCUCAACUUUGGUGGUCAGAGCGCGCUGAAUGUCGGUGUGAAGCUCGAUGAAAUGGGCGUGUUUGAACGCUUGGGUGUGCAGGUGCUAGGCUCGCAGCCAGACGUGCUGCGCAUGUGUGAGGACCGUGACUUGUUCGUGCAGGCACUGGAUGAAAUCGAUAUCCCCGUGGCUCGUAGCGAGGCGGUAUCGAACGUAAGCGAGGCCUUGCGCGCUGCGAAGGAGAUUGGCUACCCAGUCAUUGUUCGUGCAGCGUAUGCGCUGGGUGGUUUGGGCUCCGGCUUUGCUGACAAUGAGGAAGAGCUGCGGGAUCUGAGCGCUCGCUCGUUGAGUCUAUCGCCGCAGAUCCUAGUCGAGAAGAGUCUGCGCGGCUGGAAAGAGAGUGAGUACGAAGUGCUGCGUGAUCAGCAGGACAAUGCGUUGAUCUGCUGCAACAUGGAGAACUUUGAUCCGCUGGGUAUUCACACAGGUGACUCGAUCGUCGUGGCGCCCAGUCAGACGCUCUCAGAUGACAACUACCACAUGCUGCGUACGGCAGCACUGAAGGUCAUUCGUCAUCUGGGUAUCGUCGGUGAAUGCAACAUCCAGUAUGCCCUCAGCCCCGAUAGCCGCGAGUAUCGCGUGAUUGAGGUCAACCCCCGUCUCUCGCGUUCCUCCGCGCUGGCCUCCAAAGCGACAGGCUAUCCCUUGGCGUACACCGCUGCGAAACUGGCGCUCGGUCACACCCUUCCUGAGCUCCCGAACUCUGUGACCAAGACAACGACGGCCUGCUUCGAGCCGGCACUCGACUACAUUGUGACGAAGAUCCCGAAGUGGGAUCUGUCCAAGUUCCAGCAUGUGAACCGCGAGACAGGCUCAAGUAUGAAGAGUGUUGGUGAAGUCAUGGCGAUUGGACGUACGUUUGAAGAGUCGCUGCAGAAGGCCGUACGUCAAGUGGCGCCAAACUACGACGGCUUCGAUGCGUACGUGCGUCCGGAUGACUUGGACCAUGCAUUGUCUGUACCGACCGACACGCGCUUGUUUGCGAUUGCCUAUGCGAUGCUGGAGAAGAAUUACUCGGUGGAGCGCCUGCAUGAGCUGACCAAGAUCGACCGCUGGUUCCUGUUCAAGCUAGAGAACAUUGUGACGACGCACCGUGAACUGCAGCAGCUGGGUGCCCUGGACCAGGUGCCAUCGGAGCUCAUGCGCACGGCGAAGCAGCGUGGCUUCUCGGAUGUGCAGAUCGCUCGCCUGGUCAACGCGACAGAGGCUGAUGUGCGUGCGGCCCGUAAGGCGAUGGGUAUCACGCCGUUUGUGAAGCGUAUCGACACUGUGGCGGCAGAGUACCCUGCGCAGACCAACUAUUUGUACACGACGUACAAUGCUAGUACGCACGAUGUGGAAUUUGACGACAAUGGCACGAUGGUAUUGGGCUCGGGUGUGUACCGUAUUGGCUCCUCGGUUGAGUUUGACUGGUGUGCUGUGACAUGUGUGCGUCGCAUCAAGGAGAUGGGCCACAAGACGGUGAUGAUCAACUACAACCCGGAGACUGUUUCGACAGACUACGACGAGGCCGACCGUUUGUACUUUGAGGAACUGGGCUUUGAGCGUGUGAUGGACAUUUACGAGAUGGAAGGCGCUACCGGUGCUGUUGUCUCGGUCGGUGGUCAGCUUCCGCAGAACAUUGCGCUGCGUCUUAAGAAUGCGCACGUGAAUGUGUUGGGUACCGACCCGAAAAACAUUGACUCGGCAGAAGACCGUCACAAGUUCUCCCAGAUCCUGGACUCGAUUGGUGUAGACCAGCCUGCGUGGGUCGAGGUGACCGAUGUCGCAAAGGCCAAGGAGUUUGCCGAAGAGGUGGGCUACCCCGUUCUCGUGCGUCCGUCGUACGUGCUCAGUGGUGCUGCGAUGAACGUGAUUUGGGAUGCCUCUACGUUGGAGCACAACUUGACCAUGGCCGCCGAGGUCAACACAGAGCACCCUGUCGUACUGACCAAGUUUAUUCCUAAUGCGCAGGAAAUUGAUGUGGAUGCCGUCGCGCACAAGGGCAAGCUCCUUGUCCACGCUGUUUCGCAGCACGUGGAGAACGCUGGUGUGCACUCGGGUGAUGCCACCUUGGUCCUUCCUCCCUUCUCGCUGCCUCAGGAGGACAUGACGCGUUUGAAGGACAUUGCGGAGCGUGUGGCCAAGGCUUUUGAUAUUAGUGGCCCCUUCAACAUGCAGAUUAUUCGCAAGGAGGAUCAGGCGGCGAACCAGUCGGAACUCAAGGUCAUUGAAUGCAACCUGCGUGCCAGUCGCUCCUUCCCCUUCGUCAGCAAGGUCUUGGGUGUGAACUUUAUCGAUGUCGCUACGGCUGCGAUCAUGAACGAGAACGUUCCAGAGCCUGUGGACUUGAUGGCAAAGCAGUACGACUACGUGGCCAUCAAGGUGCCUCAAUUCUCUUGGACGCGUCUCGCUGGUGCGGAUCCGUUCCUGGGUGUGGAGAUGGCAAGUACCGGUGAAGUAGCCUCGUUUGGUCAGGAUAUUCAUGAGGCUUACUGGGCUUCCAUCGCUUCCACUACUGGUUUCCGUAUCCCUCAGGCCCAAAAGGGUGUGCUAUUAGGCGGUGAUUUGUCUACACCGGAACUGUCAGUGAUUGCGAAGAAGCUGUACAACCUCGGCUUCAAGCUGUACUGCUCUAACCCUGAUGUCGAGGCUGCGCUGAACCGUCUCCCGCAUGUCUCUGCCAAGCGUAUUUGGUUCCCUCUCAAGGAUAAGAGGAAGCUCCGCGAAGUGUUUGACGAGUACGAGAUCCAGUUCGUAAUCAACUUGGCCAAGUACCGCGCGGGCAGCACCACGGAUGAGAACUACGUCGCUCGUCGCAAUGCCGUCGACUUUGGCCUGCCGUUGCUGAAUGAGCCCAAGACAGCACUGCUGUUUGUGGAGACGCUAGAGAAGAAGAUGCCGCAAGGUUGCUUGCUGCCCUAUGAAGAAGGCUCGAUCCCAUUGGAAGUCAAAGCAUGGAGUGAGUUUGUGAAAACAGAUGCAUAA